CUCACUUCCACCGCCUCUCCCUUCUUCUGUUUGUCUCUAUUCUUCCUGUCGAUCGUCUCCACUGCCUCAAUCCACAAGUUCUUCUAAUCAUCUUCUGAAGCUGCGGCGCCACCGCCACCGGCACCACCUGCACCGAUUCUCCCGGUGGAAGGGGAUGAGGAAGACGAGGAAUAUGAAGCGAAGAAGAGUUAUUCCCACCGCACGACCCACCCACCCUCGAUGAAUAGUAGAUGGUUUGGACCCACGCCAUCACCGGUUUAGCUGCCGGCUCCAAUACCGCCUGUUUGGAGCCGGAGUUGCUUGAGACUUGCCGCCUAUCCCUUUCUCGACUUCGACCUAUCCCUUUCUCGACUUCGAUCAGCAUCAAUGAACCCUGGAAUGCAGGUACCCAUGAAGUACGAACAACAAUAUGCAAGAAAUUGAAGGAGGAGAAUCAUACUUCUUACACACCUGAUGAAAUUGUGGUUAGUAACGGGGCAAAACAGAGUUUACUACAAGCAGUUCUUGCUAUUUGUUCCCAAGGAGACGAGGUUAUAAUUCCGGCUCCAUUUCGGGUGAUCUACAAAAGACUUCUUGUGGUUCCAUGCUUGAAGAGUGAAACAGAAGUUAUCAUCAGGUGGGAAAUAUGUCUCUGUAAAAUUGGCCAUGUUCAGAUUGUUUCAAGCAAGCAGAAGUUGAACAGUGAGAACAAAGCUAUCAAGGAUUUUGGUAUUUUGAUCAUUUGAAAUUUUGGAUGUCGAGUGGGGGAUAACAGAUGCUUAUCAGGAGGAAUGUACGUGUGAGACUGUUGGUCCCUCAAAUAUUCAGCAGACAGUAUAGACUCCCGCUAUUGUUAUAUUGUGUAUUAUAACAUCCUAUUAUUGUUUACAACCAUUUUUUUAUAGCAGCAUACUAUAAAAAUACAAUACAAACUUAAA